CUUUAUUACAGCAUUUCUAUGCCCUAUCCUUUAGGUCUGUCCUUCUCUGGAGGUGUUAAUCAAUCUCUUACAGUCUCCUACAGAUACGUAGAUAUUUACCGAAUCGUCACACUAUAGAACGCUCUCCGUUCGCUGAAGAGAUAUACGAUGACUGGGUCGUCGUAUCGUCUCGAGGCACCUCGUUCUCGGCAGCGUCCGGACCCUUUGCAUUUUGAACACUCGUCAUUUACCCCAUCUUCGGUCAUUAGCAGCCAUCAACAGUCGCCGAAGUCACCCCCCCUCCUUUACGAGCUGCCUUCUUCUACAUCCAUGUCGCCACCUACGAGCCCCAAGUCUAAGGGACGCCUCAUUUCACCGACGUCACCCUCGUUUCCUGGGCGCCCAAGAACACCUAGGAGCGGCAGACCGACCCCAUCACCGGUUCGUCGGAAUCGUUCAGUCACCCCGCUGGGAGUCGUUCAAAGUGACCUAGAAAGGUUCACCGACCAAUGUAGAGCCUGGUAUUUCAAUCAAGACGAUAAAGCUGGACAUCUGAUGACCCAGACUCUGGCGACUAUAGCUCCAUCUCAACGUGCGUCUUACGCGAGGUUGCAAGCGUCCACACGCGCAGCCUACCACCGUUCCGUAACUGCAAGAAGACACGCUGAAUUUGAGGCCCACUUGAGUGCUACACAACCUGGUGGAUCCUUAUUGCCCCAUUCCCGAGCAAAGCCAAGCAGUCCUGCCGCACAGAGAGAACGUCUCGAUCGAUUCCAGCGCUUUCUGCGAACAUGGUGUACAUUAGGGAUGCCGGGACCGCAACCUUUCUUUUACGGAUUAUGGGCAUUAAUGCGAUUGCAAACUAUAGCGGAGAAUAUCGGGGGUGCAGGUCGCAAUAGAAUAGACUGGGAGAUCGACGAUGCUGUGUUUAAGGAGACAGCUGGGAAAGAUUUCAUGCUUGAAGCAAUAGAUGUUUUAAAAGGAGUCCUAGCAUUCGAAGAAACAUCUUCACCCAAACGGCCUUCAUCUACCGUUAACGAUGAUCCUGCCCCGCACGGCGCACAUUCACGUUCCCAAUCUCAGCCUCUCUCAUCCCAAAGCCCUAUGCAUAUGAUGAAGAGUGUGACGCCUAAACGUCCACGGGCUCCUAGUGAUCCCUUUUUGGAUACACCUGCGCUUUCACGCUCCGAUGGAUCAUCAUUAUCACAAUCAUCUGAUACCAACUCGACAUUACUUACGACUCUGAUUUCUGAUACAAUAGACGAUCCUCCAAGUCCUCUCUCUGUCUAUGAGGUAGAGUAUGUGUCGCCAACGCCUCGAGGCAGAUCUGCGUACGAUGAUUUGUCCGAAGAGUUGUUGCGUGUAUGGACAUCGCCCGACCUCCCAAAUUCUGAGUACCGUGACCUACUCAAUUCGUUCCCCUCUUUUCUGACUCGACGUCCUUUGAUUCGGUUUCCGAUACCAUCCAACUCACACACGACUGAUUUGGAGGAAGGAUUUGUGGAUACGCUGGACGCAAAACAAAUCCGUUUCGGAACCGGUUGCAUGUGGGUUGGUCCUCGGCAGCGUAGUGAUGGUUGGCAGGGCAGUUGGUGGUCAAGGUUUAUCUUCUGGUGGAAAGAGACAUUCUGCUAGAUGCAUCGUACCUUUUGUCUUUUUCUUGUUCUGACUUGUUCCCACUGCGCUUGGACCAUCGGUAUGUAUCCUUCAUGCAUCUUCCGCAGUUAAGUAUUUUGUUUCAAUGUUUUGCAUUUCUCGCACCAUCUACAGGAAGUACUUGCACACAACCUAUCAUAUCUCACUGUUUAUGGCGACUCGGGAC